GAAUAUGUACAUCGAAACCCGGUUAGCCAGUAUAUUUUCCCCCUUUUUUUUCUUUUCCCAUAAUUAUAAUAAUAAUUUCAAUACAUGAAUCUCCAUUUGCAUGAUUUAAUGUAAAUCCAAAAUCCAAUGCAAAUCUAAUCUAAUAUACAUAACGGUUCGGUUCUUCCACCGUUCCACGAGAUUUUUUCUUCUUGUUCGGGGGGUGAUUCCGAAGCUGGAUCCGAAGGGAGGAGCUAGGCAUGGAGUCGAUCCUAGCGAGAGCUCUGGAGUACACUCUCAAGUAUUGGCUCAAAUCCUUCUCCAGAGAGCAGUUCAAGUUGCAGGGUCGCACUGUUCAGCUCUCCAAUUUAGAUAUAAAUGGUGAUGCAUUGCAUGCUAGCGUUGGAUUGCCACCUGCACUCAAUGUAACCACCGCCAAAGUUGGCAAAUUGGAGAUUAUGCUACCGUCAGUGAGCAGUGUGCAGAUAGAGCCAAUUUUUGUGCAAAUUGAUCGGUUGGAUUUGGUUCUAAAGGAGAAUUCUGAUUAUGAAAGGCCGCCCGAGAAUCAUGCUAGCAUCACGCCAUCAAGUGCCUCUUCAAAGGGUAGUGGUUAUGGUUUUGCUGAUAAGAUUUCAGAUGGAAUGACUAUACAAAUUCAAACAGUUAAUUUAUUACUUGAAACUCAUGGGGGUGCCCGUCCCCAAGGGGGAGCAGCAUGGGCACCUCCUAUGGCAUCUGUCACCAUACGCAAUUUGUUGCUGUAUACAACAAAUGAAAGCUGGGAGGUUGUAAAUCUUAAGGCGGCAAGGGAGUUCUCAAGUAAUACGAAGUAUAUAUAUGUAUUCAAAGUACUGCAUUACGCCUUUCAUUUUAUAUCUUAUAAACUGGAGUGGGAAUCUUUGUCUAUUGAUCUUUUGCCUCAUCCUGACAUGUUCACGGAUGAUACUUUAGGCCGCUCUCAAGAGCGAGCAAACAUGAGAGAUGAUGAUGGUGCAAAACGAGUAUUCUUUGGAGGGGAGCGUUUUUUAGAAGGAAUAUCAGGAGAAGCAUAUAUCACAAUUCAGAGAACAGUCUCCAACAGUCCACUUGGGCUUGAGGUUCAGUUGCACAUUACAGAAGCCCUUUGCCCUGCAUUAAGUGAGCCAGGACUUCGUGCACUUCUCCGCUUUAUGACAGGAUUAUCUGUCUGUCUAAACAGGGGAGAUGUAAAUUUGAAGGCCCAGAAGAGAUCUACUGAAGCUGCUGGGCGCUCUCUUGUCUCAGUUGUUGUGGACCACAUAUUUAUUUGCAUCAAAGAUUCUGAGUUCCAGCUUGAACUAUUAAUGCAGUCCCUUUUUCUGUCUCGGGCAAGUCUUUCGGAGGGAGAAAAUGACAGUAGUUUGACCAGGAUUACCAUUGCAGGUCUAUUUUUAAGUGACAAGUUUUCACACCCGCCAUGUACGUUAGUGCAGCCAUCUAUGCAUUCUGUUAAAAGAGAGUCUUUUCAUGUGCCAGAAUUCGCUAGAAGCUUUUGCCCUCCAAUAUAUCCACUUGGAGAACAGCAGUGGCAAUUGAUUGAGGGAACUCCUCUAAUCUGCCUUCAUUCCCUUCAGAUUGUGCCUUCUCCACUUCCACCAGUUUUUGCUUCUCAAACAGUUAUUGACUGUCAGCCUCUUAUGAUUCAUCUUCAGGAAGAAGCUUGCCUUAGAAUAUCUUCUUUCUUAGCUGAUAGAAUUGUUGUCAAUUCUGGUGAUAUUUUACCAGAUUCCUCAAUAAACUCUCUUUUCUUCACUCUCAGUGGACUGGAUAUUAUGGUUCCUCUGGACAAGGCCCAGUUGGAUAUUUCUAAAAGCAACACAGAUAAUGUAGUCCAAACCUCCUUUGCUGGUGCAAGGCUUCAUAUUGAAGACUUUUCAUAUAUAGAUUCACCAUCAAUGAAACUAAGAAUGCUUAAACUGGAUAAGGAUCCUGCUUGUUUCUGUCUUUGGGAAGGUCAACCAAUUGAUGCUAGCCAGAGAAAGUGGAGUGCCAGAGCAGCCCAGAUUACUUUAUCUCUGGAAGCAUGUACUGGCCCACCUGCACGUCAAAAUUCUCUUGGAUGGACCACAGGACUAUGGAGAUGUGUUGUUCUGAAAGGUGCUUGGAUUGAAGUAGCUAUGACAACUGCCGAUGGCAGUCCAUUGUUAAAGGUUCCUCCUCCAGGAGGUAUUGUGAGAGUUGGUGUUGCUUGUGAACAGUUUCUGUCCAAUAGUUCUGUUGAACAAUUAUUUUUUAUCUUGGAUCUUUACGUGUAUUUUGGGAGAGUUAGUGAGAAAAUAGCAGUGGCUGGAAAAAGGAAACAAUUGGAGGGGGUUAAGAACAAAUCUUCUAGCGAAAAGUUAAUGGACAUAACUCCUAGUGACAGUGCUGUAAGUUUAGCAGUUAAAGACCUUCAACUUCGAUUUCUUGAGUCUUCACCAUUGAAUGUCGAGGGAAUGCCUCUAGUGCAGUUUGUUGGAAAUGAUUUGUUAAUUAGUGCCACUCAUAGAACCUUUGGUGGUGUUAUUGUUAUUUCGUCCACCUCACGCUGGGAGAGUGUUCAGAUAGAUUGCGUGGAUGCUGAGAAGCACAUAGCAGGAGAGAAUGGCUCAUUCUUAAGUUCUGGAGAAAAUAUUCCUUCAAGCAGUGGAGACUGUCAACUGAGAACUGUAUUCUGGAUACAUAACAAGAGGAACCAUCUAUUGAACAGAAAUGCUCCUUCAAUCCCUUUUCUGGAUGUAAACAUGGUGCAUGUCAUACCAUUGGGGGAACAAGAUAGAGAGUCUCAUUGUUUGAAUGGCUCAGCUUCUGUAUCUGGUAUUCGUCUUGGUGGGGGAAUGAACUAUGCUGAAGUCCUCCUACAUCAAUUUGGAAUACUUGGUCCUGAUGGUGGUCCUGGGAAGGGUCUUUGUAAAGGCUUAGAAAAGUUACAGGCAGGACCAUUGGCAACAAUUUUCAAGACAACGCCUCCCGAUGUUGAUAAUUCAGAAGAUGGAAGUUUGAGCAAAGGGAAAGAAACCAGUUUUCCAAAAUUGAAGAAGCCAGAUAAUGUGGAUAUAACCAUAGAAUUGAGAGACUGGUUAUUUGCUCUUGAAGGGGCACAAGAGAUGGCUGAAAGGUGGUGGAUAUCUAGCCCAGAAAAUGUAAGUAGAGAAGAGAGGUGUUGGCACACAACUUUCCAAAGUUUGCAAGUAAUUACAAGAAGCAGCCCAAAGAAUGUUCUGGGUGAAAAAGCGCCAGCACGUAGAAAACAACAGUAUCCUGUGGAACGGGUUACAGUUGGAAUCCAAGGGCUGCAGAUCAUGAAGCCGCAGAGACCGAAAGAGAUUCAUUUGUCAAAAUCAAUUGCAAAUGGUGCUAAAGAAGUUAACGGCACUGCUACAGGAAUUUGUCUUCAGCUGGAUUUGGUAUCAAGUGAGGAUAAUGUUGAAGUUGAAAUGGCUAAUUGGGAAGUGGAAAAUCUAAAGUUCACUGUUAAGCAACCGAUAGAGGUGGUUUUAACCAGUGAUGAGGCUCAACACCUUACUUUUCUGUGCAAAUCUGAAGUUGAUUCCAUGGGCCGGAUAGCAGCUGGAAUUCUAAGAGUGCUUAAGCUCGAAGGUUCGGUCGGCCAUUCUGUAAUGGAUCAACUAGGCAACUUAGGAAGUGAAGGCAUUGACAAGAUUUUCUCUCCUAAGCAUAGCAGAGAUGAUAGUGUCCACAAUAGAGGAUUUUGUCCAUCACCGAAGCUGGUAAGCAAAAGCUUGCACAAAUCAACGAUGGAACCGACAUUAACUUUGCUCGAGGAAGCAGUUGCAGAUUCACAGGAAAAGAUCAAUGCCUUAAUCAGUGAUUUUGGUAUUUCAGAGUCCUCUGGGCAGCAACUUACCAUUGCUAAAGAACUCAGUCAAAAGAUUGAAUCAAUGGAGGGUUUAUUGAAGCAAUUACGGAAUAAAACUUAAGACCUAUUCAUAUUUGUAUGUAACUAGAAUUUAUGAUUGUCCUUUUUCUUUAUUGAUAUAUUUUACAUAAGUCACAAUUCAUUUUGUAUAUAGCAAAGAAGAUCAUAUUGCUCAGUGUUGUAUAAAAUAGUUAGAAAUUAGGACUCUUCAUUAUUGUAAGAAAAAUUUUGUUUGGUUGAGCCUGUAGUGCUAAAUAACAAUUUUGGUAGCUUGCCGUCAU